ACGAUGCCUCACAUAUGAAUUGUGUAGAUCGUGAUGUACAACAUUUGCAAUGAUCAUUAUUUACCUUCAGUGGUCAAAAAUAUUAUGUCCAUAAUAAUGCUGACAUCGUUAAAAAAAUACGAAAGUGUUUCCAACAUGACCAUAAGCAAUUGCGAGCGCAGUAAAACUUUCACGAAACAGAUCAUCUAGCUUGAAAGGAAAUAUCAGAUGUAAUCGAUUUCUAAGAAAACCAAUUGCCCGAAAAUGUAUGUUUCGAUAAUCUCUUUUUCUUAAAAAAAAAUUGAAAACUCAAAAAUACACACAAACACACACACACACACUCACAAACACACACACACACACACACACACACACACUCACACACCUCGAUUGAUGUUAUAUUUUCUCCGUGCAUGCGCACCGUGCGAUUUUAGCCUGACAUCGUGCAAUUUGGUGCUGAAAGGAUGUCCGUCUUUUCAUGACAACACUGGUGUCUGAGACACAGAGUCACGAAGGCUUGUCAGUAUUUAUUCCAAAUGGUCGAAUUUGAUUUGAUUCUUGAUAGCAUUUCAUGUAGACGGAGUGAAGAAAGGAUGGUGGCUGUGUCUAGUUCAAGUGCUCUUAGUUUUGUAUUCAAGUAGAAAAUUAUCUCACAGCACGUCUAGAAUCUAGAUCUAUCUCAGAUCUAGAUGUAGAUUUAGAUCUAGAUUCUAGAUCUACAUCUAGAUAUCUAGAUCUUGAAUCUAACCGAAAAUGGUUUGGGAUGUAAGAUUGCUGUCGUCUUGCAUGCUGAUCCUGCUUCAACUCUUUGUCACACAGAUUGGCAGCCAGCCUUGCUCAGAGUCGCCGAAUAGAACCCUUGUUCAAAAAAUGUUCUUCUAUUCCGGUGCCAAAGUCUCUUUCCCGAAACACGUAGAGCUGAGUAAGACGUUUGGUGCUAAACUGGCUACCAUACGAAACGCACUCGACUGGGACAUCUUCAAUCAGUCGUUUGCCGUAAAAUCAAACUAUUAUCGGAGUGAUACGUUCAUUUACCUAGGUUCUAGUUCAGGGACAUGGUAUAAUGAUUUUCGGUGGAGAAAAGGACCUAUGGUAGAUAACACAGAUGUAACUAUUUUUCGACCACCUGAACCUCGUAGGGACGAUAGUUCUUGUCUCGGGGCUGGAAUCUACUACAACAAACACCCCAAAAAUAUGUUCAUAAGGGAUACCAUCUGUAAUCGCGCUACUGAAGGGCUGUAUGAGGUGCACCUCGAACUAACGGGAAAGUUUAAGGAUUGCAAGGUCAAUCUGUGUAUAUGUCCCGGGGGGAAAAUUUUGUGCUCUACCAGAGGCUGUGCUAUAGGCUGCUCAAAGUUGUAUUUUAACGGACAUUGUGAUUACUCCCCUUGUCGCUACGACAGAUAUGGCCCUUCCUGCGAGUACCAGUGUCGUUGUAAGGACAAAGAGCCAUGUGACCUCAUCACCGGAAACUGCCCAAAUGGAUGUCAAGAAAACUGGCGAGGAGCCGCCUGCAACGAAACUGCAUGCCCUCUAAACCGGUUUGGUCCUUUUUGCAAGCAGUUCUGUUUCUGCCAGUACGGGGACCAGUGCAAUGUGACCACUGGGGACUGCUACUACGGCUGUGAAGACCACAUGUUCGGAAGAUCCUGUGGUGUAACGAGGUGUCGGAAGGGAGCGUUUGGAUCCCGGUGCCAGAAGACAUGUUCUCUUAGGUGUGGCAGGGUCUUUUGCUCCGUAUUAACUGGAAAGUGCCUUGUUAACGAAUGCCCCGUCCCUUUCAUUGCAUUACCUUACUGCAACCAUACCGUGUGUCCUGAAGGAACGUGGGGUCCUACCUGUGACAGAAAGUGCAGGUGUGAGCCACCAACGGGCCACUGCGACCCCAACACAGGAGCCUGCACGAACCUCCGCGCAGUGCCAAAGGAGCUGCUUACCAACAGCUCUUGCCCGGAAGGCCUAUGGGGAAACUACUGUCACAUGACCUGCAUGGACAAAGCCUGCCAAAGCUGUCUCAAGACCAACGGCGGGUAUUGUGAGAAGUGCCGGGACGGCUACAAUCUGACAGCCACGAAGGACUGUGAAAAAGAUUCCUUUGUCUUGAUGAUUCUGGUGGUCUUUCUGUGCGUGUUGCUUCUGAUCCUCGUGGCUCUGCUCCUUUUGCUCCUCAAACGAUCCACGAAGAAGAAAGAAGACAAGACGGAGCUGGUGGAGGAGGAGCAGGACGUGAAAGAGGAAGAGGAGGAAGAGGAAAACGCGACGCCAUCCGUGGAGGGGGAGGCGGAGGGGAAGGAAAGAGGAAGCGAAGGACAGGUGGACGGGGAGGAAGGCGAGCAUCAUGACGAGGCAGACGACGAGGAGCAUCCAGCCGCCUAAAUACAAGACGGUUGUCUGGCUGGAUGGAUGAUUGGAUGCAUUGAUGACUGGCUAGAUGGAUGGAUGGAUGAUUGGAUGCAUCGAUGACUGGCUAGAUGGAUGGAUGGAUGAUUGGAUGCAUCGAUAGCUGGCUGGGUGGCUGAAUGGGUGGAUGGAUGAAUGGACGGAUGGAUGGCUGGCUGGAUGGAAGGAUGGCUAACUGCAUGGAUGGCUAGUUGGCUUGAUUGAUGGAUGGAUGGAUGAUUGGCUGGCUAUAUGAUUGGCUGGAUGGAAGGACGGAUGGAUGGCUGGCUGGAUGGAAGGAUGGCUGACUGCAUUGAUGGCUAGUUGGCUUGAUGGAUGGAUGGAUGGAUGGAUGAUUGGCUGGCUAUAU